CUUUAAGCUGAAUUAUCAAUUAUUUGCUUUUAGUCCCUUAAGCGCAUUGUUAAUUAGCAAUCGAUCUGUUCGAGACCCGCGGGACCUUAGCGGGUACCCGCAAACGACCCGUAGCGUCAAAUACGACGUUCUUUGUCUUAAGCGGCUCUCAAAUAAGGACAAGUCGAAGAGAUCUUGGUCCGAUGCGGUUAUAUUUAGAGAUGUAAAAGACGGAUACUGUUUGAGAUGGUGCUAGAAAUUCCAGUAAUAAUUAGAGCUAACGCUUAGCGGUGCCGAUUAUUAUGCCUCGCUAGUCAUAAGAUCACGUCGGAUAAAUAUGGACAAAUAGGCUGCCUGUGGUAACAGUGAGCCGUGGAUGUUAUGACCAGUCGCCUGCACUGGGUACUACUGCUCUUAGCCCUGUCAGCGCUCUCCCUCCUUUACUAUCUCAAUCUGACAUGUGCAUCAUGGGGGAGAAGAGACCAGAUUGUCCCAGUAUCGUCACGCAAUAUGGACCACAGUGACGCUACGUCACAUUCCAAGAGCGUGACUCGUUACCUCACCAAAGCAGCCCCUUCUGUCACACAACGUGACAGAACCACUCUUGUCACCUACAAUGCAACGCGUGUUGCAACUACAACUUUUAACCCCUACGUCAUACCAACAGGGACCAAUUACCGCGCUCCAGGUCAUCAAGUGCGUCACGCAAUAACCUUCACGCCAUGCUUGCGUGACGUAUUCUCGGACGUGCUUUUGUUGAUUGUCUUUAACUAUCCUUAUUACGAGAGCAUCAAGCUUUUCAAGUCUUUCUACCAGCCUGUGUUUCCUCACAUUAUAUUCUGUGGGCCCCCGGAUUCGUCCAACAAACACGUUAUGAACGUAGAGAUAUUCAGGGGGGUGCUAGGGUACGAGUGCUUGGGUCGAGCCAUUAGGGAACAUCCGGGCUAUGCAGGCUAUUUAUACAUCAAUGAUGACGUCAUACUUAAUUAUUGGAAUCUUGUUGGCUUUAAUAAGAGCCAAAUAUGGCAGUCACCGAACUCGUUUAGUUCCACCCCUAUGUACGGUGAAAUUGAGGGGCCCUGGUACUGGUGGCGAUCUCCUUAUGGGCUCCCGAACUGCCGACGCGCUUACGAACAAUUAUCGAAUUUGACCCUCGGCCACGACUUGUCGACGGGUCAUCUUCGGGAAAAUAGCAACGGCAGCUUGCGAUGCUUCAGCGGUCGUUCUGAUGUGCUGUAUAUCCCUAAGAGACACGCGUCUGCAUUCUCGCUUUUGUCUUUUAUUUUUUACACCAACAAAGUCUUCCUGGAAAUAGCCGUUCCUACGAUACUACGGGUCAUAGAACGUGAGGACCAAAUAUCCCACCUACCGGGUUAUUAUAUCUCCGGGGACGUACGCAAAGGGGACGUGCGAGUAACAGACAGCCGGUUUUUUUGGUUUAUCUACUUUAAUAAGAAGCAUGUAUGGUUCAUUCAUCCAUUCAAGUUGCAUCACGGGAAGAUCGAUAGGAACUUUAAUGUCGUGAUGCUUAAACACUUUUUGAUCGAGAAAACGAAGUCGUUAACGAACUGUAGUGAAACGUAAACAUCACUGUUAAUCGAUCGUGAUUGCGGACAGAUAAACGUCCCCUUUAUGCAUUCUGGUAUUAUGCACCAUUUCUCCAUAAAAAAAGAAAUUUAAAUUAAGUAAAUCCAUGCGA